AUGGUAACGUAUGAUGCACCGAUGGAAUUCGGUGCUAUUCAUCAUAAUAAUACAUCACCCUAUCAUGAUAAUAGUCAACGUUAUUUAAAACAUCGACAUCAAGGUAGAGAACUUCAUUCGGUCGAAACAACAAAAGCGCAACGAUGUUUAAGAAAAACAACAAAAUUUUUAUUUUCACAUAUUGCUUUAGUUGGUCUUGUUGUUGUUUGUGCUGUAGUAGGUGGAUUUCUAUUUCAAUUACUCGAAGAACGCGAAGAAAAAGUUAUGUGUCAAGAAGCACAAGGAAAACAAAUUGCCGAAAUAAAUAAACUUAAACAGCAAUUUGUCAAUUAUAUACAACAAAAUACAACAUUAUCAAUAGAUUCGCUUGCGAAUGGAAAAGAUAACACAACCAUAGCUAUCGGAAAAAUCGGUUCUAUGCUAUAUGGAUAUCGAGAUUUCGUUAUUCAGACAGCUUCACAACGUCUCUAUUUUCGUAAUAAUUGCCUCGUUUCUAUUAAAUGGACUUAUCCGAAUGCAUUACUUUUUGCCAUUACAAUUAUAACAACUAUUGGCUAUGGAAACAUAACACCGGUAACAUGGGAAGGUCAAUUGUGUUGUAUAAGCUUUGGGACCAUCGGCAUACCAAUAUUUCUUCUAUGUCUAGCCAAUAUAAGUGGUGUACUUGGCGAAAUGUUUCGUUUUCUUUAUGAUAAAGUGCUAUGCGCACCGUACGCUAUGUUCAAAAAACGCCGUUUAUUAGCGAAUAAAGCUAAGUAUCAAGAAGAAAAUGAAAUAGGUACCGGUCGUGUUGGCUCUAAUGAAUAUGUAUUAGAUGAUAAAAAUAAGAAAAGUUCACUAGAAAAACCUUCGAAUACAUCGGCGGAUCAUGAUGGAUUAAAUAAAUAUCACAAAGGAGGAAAGAAACGUGUUACUGUACCAUUAACAAUUACAAUGAUUAUUAUAGCAGCAUACAUAUAUAUUGGUUCUGCUUUAUUUCAUGCAUCUGAAGGUUGGACCAGGAUGCAGUCGGGUUAUUUUUGUUUUAUUACAUUGGCGACUGUUGGCUUUGGUGAUUUCGUCCCCGGUCAAGCCACUGGCGAGACCAAUGUCGGUGAAAAACUUGUUGUCGGAGCUAUAUAUGCUCUCGUUGGAAUGGCUAUUUUAGCAAUGAGUUUCGAUUUAAUACAAGAAGAAAUAAUCGCAAAAGUUCGUUGGAUUGGCAAAAAAGUUGGAAUUAUCGAACCAGAAGAUGAAAGUAAAAAUUCCAUUGAGAAACCAGUUAUUUCUAAAAGUAAAAGUUUUUCUUCCGGAAAAUUAUCGAUCAGUGAUACUAACAUAGUGGUGAAUACAGCUCGUACAAUUGUUGAGAAUGAAAAUGAAUAUGGCAUGCCCAAACAACAGAGUCCAAUUGCAACACGUAAAAGUAGCUCGAGAAAUAAUUCAGCUCGUGUUCACCCAAUGGCGCCAAGCGCUGCGAAUGAAGCUACUCUUCAUCAACGAGUAGCUAGUGGAAAGUUAAACUGA